AUGGCAAGCCAAUCCCCUUUCCAAGGCAAAGCCAUCGCCGUUACGGGCGAUACCGGUCUUGCCCCGUCACGCUACCCCGUCGUCCGCGGCGCCACGGUCUCCAUCUACGCCACCUCGGCCGACAACCUCGCCGCCGCAAUCGCUGGCAUCGAGGAGGACAUGCCCAAAGCCCGGGGCGGCAUCAUGAGCACCGUGGUUGACAUCAGAAAGCUUGAAACCGUGAAGGCGUGGAUCGACACUACCGUCGAGAGGUUCGGCAAGCUCAACGGCGCGGUCAACGUUGCGGGUCACUCCCCUCCUCUGUCUUUUCUGUCCCAUAUCUCGACAACGUUUGGCAUUGAGAGCCGCUUUCGAAGCCAUUCGAAGGGGAAAAACCUUCCGAAAUGA